UUUGACUCCCUUUCAACUCUUCCAUUUGACACGGAAAAAAAUAAAAAAAAAAGAAAAGAAAAAGAAAAAACGAACAACAACUGGGUAAACUUCAACAGUUCUAGUUGCACCUAUUUCUUGCCACCCGCGACCAAAAUAGGAGCAGCUGCAGCUUUGCAUUAGCCUACCACCCCCCACCCCCCGCGCCCCACACAGAUCACAACAAACCCCGUCCAGGCUCCAAACCUCAAUCUUUGUAACAAAGCUGCCGCCGCCAAAUAAGGAAAACGUUUUUCUGUUAAUGUCUGAUACCCUCUCUCUUUCUUACUUCAUUUCUUACUCAUUUAAGCAUUGUGAAUAAAACAAGGGGGAAAGCUCAUAGCUUUUGUUUUUUCUUGAUCAGGAUAAAGAUGACGUAUUUAAUCCUAAUACAUACGUAUCUGCUUGUUGGGUCACAUAGCCUUGCAUUGGAUUUGAUUUUUUUGUUGUCAGAACUUUACAUCCUGAACUGCAAGCGGAGCUUCUCCCCGGCAUUGAUAAUCACAAAGCAAAAUGGCUGUUUGUGGUUCAAGAACUUCUCAUAUUGGUCAUUUUGUUGGCAAUAUGACUGCUAGGCGCCUACAAUAUGGUUUGUCGGUAAAUAGCAGCACCGUCUCUUACAGCAAUAGAAGCAUUGAGAAUGUUAGAAAAGCCAGUAUUAGUUUGAGAAAUGAAGGCCAGCCCCACAACUUCAUGUUAUCUCAAUAUUUCAGAACUAGUGUUGCAAAGAGGAGGGGCAAUUUGAAUCCAUACGAAGGAUUUGGUUUAGAAGGUUUUCGCAUUUUAUCACCUGCGCAUUUCUCUUGUGGAACUACUUCUCCUCCUGGCAUGUCUUCUAUUAAUUCUCAGGGAAAGGAACGUGCUGCAACUACUGCUGAUUCUUCUGAAGGAAAGAUACACCUGAAGCUGAAUUCGGGAUCAUUUUACCUGCCUCAUCCUGCUAAAGUAAAAACUGGUGGAGAGGAUGCUCAUUUUAUUUAUGGCCCUGCACAAGCUAUAGGUGUAGCUGAUGGGGUCGGUGGAUGGGCUGAUCUUGGUAUUGAUGCGGGGGAAUAUGCCCGUGAACUAAUGUCUAACUCUAUAUCUGCGAUACAAGAGGAACCUAAGGAUUCUAUUGACCUAAUCAAGGUCCUUGAGAAAGCUCACAUGAGAACAAAUGCAAGAGGUUCUUCGACUGCUUGUAUUAUUGCGCUCGCUGAUGAAGGUCUUAUUGCUGUUAAUUUAGGAGACAGCGGAUUUAUGUUGGUUAGAGAUGGAUCUGCUAUAUUUAAAUCCCCUGCACAACUGCACAGUUUUAAUUUUCCAUAUCAACUGGAGGGCAGUAGUGCUGGUGAUUUGCCUAGCUUGGCUGAGGUGUUUAAAAUUGCAGUUGCUCCAGGAGAUGUCGUAAUUGCUGGUACGGACGGGCUUUUUGACAAUUUAUAUGACACAGAUAUCACUGGCGUUGUGGUUCAUGCUGUGGAAUCUGGCUUAGAGCCAGAGACGACAGCUCAAAAGAUAGCAGCAUUGGCACAACAAAGAGCAAUGGACCCAACUAAGCCGUCCCCUUUCUCUGAUGCAGCCAAAGAGGCCGGAUUUGAGUACCACGGGGGAAAACUUGAUGACAUAACCGUAGUUGUUUCUUAUGUAAAUAAUGACAGCGAUCCAUAAUGUGAUGGUGUUUUGAAGACAUGGGAAGUUGGGAACAUUGACCACUUGGUAUUCUUAGUUUGAGGUUUGAAGCAGAAACAGCAGCUGGUUGAGAGUGACACUGCAGUACCAGAAAUCAGAGGCAUCAGUGGUUGAAUUUUUGCUCUUGGAUUGCCGAAAGAACAAUAAUUGAAAACGAAAGCCCUGCAGCUGCAUGUUGCGGCAAGCUAGUGGAGCACCUUAUUUGGUCAAGUGUUUUAGUUCCUAAAAUUCAGAUGGGCUGUUUGAGUUCAUCAGAAUUUAUUGGAGGGCGCUAUGUUCUACCAUGACUAAGUUGAUAGAGAUCUUAAUUGAUCAACUGUUCUUGUUGACAUUGAUGUAUAUUAAGACACUGCACGCUGAAAGUUCUUUUUUGUGUGUAUUUGGUUUUGUAUGCCAUGGGUUCUGUAUUGUUGAAGAAAUACUUUCCUUUUCUACA